CUCUCUCUCUCUCUCUCUCUAUUGAUAUAGAGAGGGAAGCUGAAAACCCUAAAUUCAGUAGCUUCAAUCAUGGUUGAUGCUGAAAUACAGGACUCGCAUUCUAAUUGAGGUUUUAUUCAUUAGAGCAACCUUCUAUUGGGGAAAAUUAGGGUUUCACAGUAGCAGUUGGAAUGUAUCGAUCCUUCAUGGAAUAUUUGCGUCCUUGAGGUUCUAUCUGCUAUAUCUUUUAGUUUGAAAUCCUUAAUUUAUUGAAUUUGUGAUGAUAUUUGAUGGUGUUUCCAUGAAUUCGUGGUGAUAUUAGCUGAAUUGCUAUCGUGAAUGGCGAUAGAUAUAGAUAAAACACGGAUUUUGUGUUAAAAGGAUCUCAAUUUUGGGAUUUGGGAGUGCUUGUAGUUCUAAAUUAUAUGAUUUGAACUGAGUGCCUUAUAAACAAGAUAUUAUUUUGUAUUUUGUUUCUAGGAUUUGGGUUCAGGGAAAUUUUAUUUGGUGUCUUACAGCUUCCAUUUUUAAGGUUCAAUUCCUUGAAUUAGGAGUCUGGUUUUCUAGCGUUUUCUUGUUCUGGGAUUGGACGAAUGGGCCAAAAAAUGGAUGAAAUUUGGGGAAUACGAGUUCCUGAUGAUUGGUGAAUUUGGCUUUUAAUUUCCCUUUUCUUGUGGCCAUCAAUAUACAAGAAAUCUCAGCAUUUUCUGAAAAAAAUGUAUCGACCGGUGACUUCAGCCACUAGUCGAGGUGGAAUACCCACUGAUAGUGGUGGGGAUUAUGUCGUGAAACUUGACCAAGUUCCUCGUUGGAGUGAUGCAGAGCAGCGAUCUAUAUCAGUUGAUGGGGUUGAAGAUCCUUCGUUUUCCAAUUCAUACUUUUCUGAUCCUUUGAUGACUUCAAGUGAAGGGGACACUGGUCUUGAAGGAGGUGUUUCAAGGUUCCCUGUGGACCAUGAAAUCAGUUCAAAAAUUUAUCUUUGGCGGGGUCACCCAUGGGAUCUCGAGGUUGAUGCAGUAGUUAAUUCCACAAACGAGAGUUUGGAUGAAGCGCAUAGCAGCCCUGGUCUUCAUGCAGCUGCAGGACUUGGCCUUGCAGAAGAAUGUGCAACUCUGGGUGGAUGUCGGACCGGAAUGGCUAAAGUUACAAAUGCAUAUGACCUUCCUGCAAGGAGGGUUAUUCACACAGUUGGUCCAAAGUAUGCUGUCAAAUACCAUACGGCUGCCGAAAAUGCUCUCAGCCAUUGCUAUCGUUCUUGUCUCGAGCUUCUUAUUGAGAAUGGACUUCAGAGUAUUGCUAUGGGCUGCAUAUAUACAGAGGCCAAAAAUUAUCCUCGAGAACCGGCUGCACAUGUAGCUAUCAGAACCGUUCGGCGGUUUUUGGAGAAGCAGAAAGACAAAAUCACUGCAGUUGUUUUCUGCACCACUACGGCAUCUGAUACAGAAAUUUACAAGAGAUUGCUUCCACUUUACUUCCCUCGGGAUAAACAUGAAGAAGAGGUGGCAUUAUCAAAGCUUCCAGCAGAUGUUGGUGAUGAGAAUGGUGAGACAACAAUAGAUGAACGCAAAAUUAGAAUAAAGCCUCUUCCUGCUGUGUCCUCGACCAUUCCUAAGCCUCCAAAGGCUCCUGUAGAGCUUCCCCCCAGUGAUGUUGGAUUGACAUUGAGACGGAAUUCAUCUUACCUGGAUUCAUACUUGGAUCCGGCUUUCAUGUCCUUAAGUAAGGAUCCAGACCAAAGGCGGAAGGAACAAUGGCAUAAAGCUGCUCAGGCUCAAUCUGGUUGGAAUUGUACUAAAUUGCUGGGAUUUGGUUACCUUGGAGGACCUUCACUUUCUCCUGCUGAGGAGUAUUCACUCCAUUCAAGAUACCUGGCAAAAGCGAAUUCUCUUAAUCUGGCAGAAAUUGCAGAAAUGAGGAUUGUAUACCGUGGUGGUGUAGAUAGUGAGGGGCGUCCAGUCAUGGUUGUGGUCGGAGCUCAUUUUCUACUGCGCUGCCUUGAUCUGGAGCGGUUUGUCCUAUAUGUAGUAAAGGAAUUUGAACCUUUGAUACAGAAGCCUUAUACCAUUGUCUACUUCCAUUCGGCAGCAUCUUUACAAUUGCAGCCAGAUUUAGGAUGGAUGAAGCGGUUGCAACAGAUACUUGGCCGAAAACACCAGCGUAAUCUCCAUGCUAUCUAUGUUUUGCAUCCUACAAUGGGGUUGAAGGCAGCAAUCUUGGCUUUACAGUUGCUAGUAGAUGGAGAAGUGUGGCGAAAGGUUGUGUACGUUGAUCGCCUUCUGCAACUGUUCAGAUAUGUUCCUCGUGAACAGCUGACCAUCCCCGAUUUCGUGUUCCAGCAUGAUCUUGAGGUGAAUGGAGGAAAAGGACUCAUUGUCGACCCAAGAACAAAAUACAUAUAUCAGAGACAUGCUAGUUAAGACUUGAGAAGAGGCAUCAAGUUCCAUGGUUUGAAGGUUUGGCUUUCUUAUGCUCUUUGAUCACAAAAGCUUGAUUUUUCAUCUUUUGUAUUGUAUUUGUAGAUUGCUUGUUGUUAUUUAUUGAGGAAAAAGAAAAAAAAUGAUUGCCUGUUAUGUAAUUCAUCGAUGUUCCUAAAUGAGGAAAUGGAUACAAUAAGAGCUUUUGUGCUUUUGCAACUCUGAUAGUGUUCAUUCAUUUUACAAUUUGUUGAUCUGUUGUAUAAGCUUCCUGUAUUUGAGAGAAAUGAGAGCUCAUUUUGAGUUUGGUUUGGA